AUGGUCGAGGAACCUUGGACCAUCAUAGCCGCCGACAUCAUGGGCCCGUUCCCACCUAGUAAAACGGACCAGGAUUUGAAAGCUCUAGCUGCACGCGUAGGACUGCAACUGUCCACCACCCCUCCGUACCACCCACAAGCCAACCCAGUGGAAAGGGUGAACCGCGUCAUCAAGACCAUGAUAAUAAGCUACAUUGGGGAAGACCACCGAAACUGGGACGCGCACCUCCACAGCUUCCGGUUUGCGUACAACACCUGCCACCACAGUUCCAUUGAUGCCACCCCCGCCUUUGCGAACCUGGGCCGCGACCCUCGCGCCAUCCGGCCAGGAGAAAAUGAAUCGGAUACUAAGGACGUAACCGUCAUCCCGAGACCUUCCCCGGAGUGGCUAAAGAGGAUGGAACAUCUCAAGGUCUGGCAAGGUCGGAUAGUGCACUCUCUAGACGCCGCGUUCCAGCGCCAGUCGCAUUACUAUAACUUGCGACAUCGAGAUCACCGCUACAGAAAAGGGGACCUAGUGCUCAAGCGACAACACGUGUUGUCUUCGGCCGCGAAAAAUCGCGCCGCCAAACUAGCUACCCCGUUCCAUGGACCAUUCGUCGUUAGCAAGGCGCUAUCCCGAGUGGUCUACCUAAUAAGCGAUCUCCAGGGGAACCCUUUAGGGAAGGUUGCCAUAGAAGACCUCAAACCUUUCUACUCUUAA